ACACUUAUGUGCAAUUUCAUGCCCCGUGCAUUUCCAAGAAGCCGCGCUAGCAUGGUUUAUUCAUGAGAUUUGCGUGAAAUCAUAAGUUUUACAAAUUGCAAGGGAACAGAAAUCGAUGUUUCCGCUGGAGCUUCCAAGAUGGCUUAAUGAUUUUCUCUCAGAUGAAAAAUGCAUUUAUUCCAGUAAUUUUGCACUUACACUAAAAUUAAGCAAACGAAAAUGAGAAUAAAUUGAUGUGAAUGGGGAAUUUCUUCUGUAUUGUGUGUUGUCAUAUUUAACCAUGCCUAAGACCGUAUGAAGGCAUUGUUAUUGUUAAACAGCUGAAGUGAUCGCCAAGUGUGAAGCUUCAUUUUCUUAUUGGAUUUGAAUUACUACAUGCUACAUUUGAGCUGCAAACCAGUUGAACAAUUAAAAAAAAGCAUAAUCCCACCCAAUCAUAGGCUUUCACCUAAGCAUUAAUAAUUAACCAGCUAAGCAAGUGGAGCUUAUUAAAGUAAAAUGCAAUUUACCGUGCCAAAUGGAUUUUGGGUCCCAAGUGUUUGUAUUUGUAUUGAGAAAAGGAAGAUGUUUUUUUUUUUCAAAAAUGUUUUUUUUUUCCAAAAUGUUAAUCAGUGCAAUGUCACAAUACGAGAGCAUGAGUUAUUUGAUGCUCCUUUAAUUUACCACAAUUUAAAAAAAACACAUCACUUCCGUUUUAUUUAUUUUCCUAAUAUCUUAUUUUGAAAGUCAACCGGAAUCUCUCUCUUACAUCCCUGCUCGACUCUUGACGUGUGUCAAGUUGUGUCGCUCGCUGAACGCUUACAUAAAAAUCCACAAGUUAGCAAAAUGAGUCAAAUAAACAGACGUGUUCGGGAAGUUUCUUUGCAAUCUUGGAAAGGCCCAGUGAGCACUCGACACAAGAACCAAAAAGAAAAAUGUCAGCAGACCUAGUUGAAAUAUGACAGUUGAUUUCCCCAAAGCGUCAACGAAGCUUCUCUGCACAAUAUGUGGCGAGCUCAGUGAGAUUCGUCAACAAAUGUAAGUGCUUUCACGUCAUAAUUAGUGGCUAGCUACAUUGCAAACCCUAAAAAAAAGUAUUUUAAUAAUGGUGGAAAAAAACAAUUGAUUCGCGUUUAUUGUGUAUUGCCCCCCCCCCUCUCUCUUUUUAAGCUUGCCAUAAAACCUACACCUUCACUUUAACACUUUAACUUGCCGUCAUUAAAUAUUUAUAUGCACACUUUGAAUUGGUUUUGACCUGUGCAUUUGGCAAAAAAAACGAAAAUAUGUAGUCCCAUGAAGCACUCAAGUGCAUGCUUUUUUUUUUGCAUUUAAGUGCUUCAUUAUAUUUAUCGUUUUUAAUUACUGAUAUAUCCAAUUUGGCUUCGCAACUGUCCCUGCCAUCAAACACUUGCAGUAAUGGUUUGUGCAGUUCCCAGUUUUCGAGCUGUUCAAUAUUUUUAUGUCUUGUUCUUUAAAAGCUUUCCAAUUUGUUUCUACAACGUUUUUUAACUGUAUAAUUCAUGCCCAUUGAAAUGCACUGGGGGGGGGGGAAAUAGGAUUUUACCCUAAAACAACCUUAACAGUGUAAAAUACAUGCUAAGUAAUAUUCACAGUGGUCAAUUAAAACGACUGUAAAUCUAAACUUUAGCAUGGCAUAGUCAGCUUGAAUUGUAUUAAAUAUAUUUAUCAACAGCAUAAUUGUGGUUGAGGAAAAUGCCGAGUUAGCAAACCACUAGUCAUAGUGGAGGGUGAGCAAAAUGUUCACAUGAAGCCCCAAUGAAUGGAAAAUGUUAAUGUAAGUCAAUAAUUUGAUUGUCAACCGGUUUCAUGUUGUUAACAACAAUACAAAAAGAUUAAGUUGAUAUAAUAUUAGCAUAAUUUUUCUUGUUUAACUAGCAUUAAUGCAAGAAAGCAUUAAUUAAAGUCAACACUUUAUUUGUUUGUGUAAAGUGUCCAAUAUUUGUUUUUGUCGGAGCCAGGGGCUUUGAGGUGGUAGGUGGAGUUUCAAUCAAUGUCUUCUGGGCUAGCGAGACAAAUUCGCUUGGCCUCUGAUGAGCAACAUUAAUCCAGAACAGCAGGUUUCAACACGGUGGAAUUUGUUUGCGUUUGCAAAGGAGCCAUCAUUUUAGGUUUUGAGAAGAGAUGCACUUUUUGUUUGUUUGAAAAGUAGAGCUUUUCACUUCCAUUCGGUAAUUAGUAUAAUCGAAAGCGAUCAUAAGGUCAUUUGACAAAAUUUCACGGGGCGACCUCGAAAAACAACUGUUUAAAAACAUUUUUUGGGGAAAUAUUACUUUACAAAAUGACUCAAGUUGCUGUUUUCACAUUUUCAUCAGAUCAAAUCAUAAAGGCAACCUUUUUUUUUGAACAUCAGAAGGUAUCAACAGUUUGACAAAUGCAAAUAUGUGCUGUCAAAAUGUGGUCAGUAUAGAAAAGAGGAACGCCAGCGAGGAAGGGGGCGGGGCUUGCUAGGUCAGGUGGGCUUGUCCACAGAGGUUUUCUCAUCAGCAGGAUGGAAACACUUGACUUUCGAAGGCGUCUGCGCUGGACAGGGGGACUACCGCAGGAGAGCUGAGUGAGCGCCGUUCUGGAAAGUUGCAAGCCUGGGGAAGGUCUCUCGCCUGGAACAUGAACGCGCCAACCAAAGCCCACCGGUGAUCUCCUCGUAAAGUAUGAACGUUUGUCAUUUCCAUUGUGCCCCCCCUCCGGAAGGAUCAUGACACGCUGUGGCCGCAUUUGUCUCUCUAAAUAUGACAGUCUGCCCAGAAAAACCUCUGGCGGCGCAGUGUGAUGAAAGCAACCGCAUCGAGGACUUAAUUAUGGAGGCACUUUGACAAGACCUGGUAGCAAAAAAAAAAAAAAGAGGAGCCAAAUUCCAUCCAGAGCAUGAGUGUUUUUUCAAGCGAAGAGACUUGUCAUACUUGCAACUCCACCACGGAGCCAGAGGUGGACGUGGCCAAAGCGGUCUUUUUGGCCAUCGUGCUGGUGGUCUUUGUCGUCUUCGGCGUCCUCGGCAACAUCCUGGUGAUCCUCUCGGUGGUGUGCCAUCGCCACUGGCGUUCCGUGACUCAUUACUUCAUCGCCAACCUGGCGGCCGCCGACCUUCUGCUCAGCUCGGCCGUCGUGCCUUUCACCGCCACCUCCGAGGCGCUGGGUCGAUGGGUGUUUGGCCGCUUUUUCUGCAGCGUGUGGGCGGCUCUGGACGUCCUUUGCUGCACCGCCUCCAUCCUCAGUCUGUGCGUGAUCUCUAUCGACCGCUACCUGGCCGUCAGCUACCCUUUGCGCUACCCGGCCAUGGCUACCGGCCGACGAGGCCUGGCCGCGGUGGCUGCUCUCUGGGGACUCUCGGCGGCCAUCUCCGUGGGCCCUCUGUUUGGAUGGAAACAACCCGACCCGGAAGAGGAAACUGUGUGCCAGAUCACGGAGGAGCCCGUCUACGCCUUGUUCUCGGCUUUGGGCUCUUUCUACAUACCGCUGGCAAUCAUUCUCUUCAUGUAUUGUCGCGUGUAUAGUGUGGCAAAGAGAGGGAAGGAGACUCUCAAGAAAUGCGGAGAUGGAGCAGGAGUGGAGACCGAAGGGGUGGUUCUGAGGGUGCACAGAGGGAACGCCGCUCAAAGGAACAAGCACGAAGAGGACAACGGCGCCGGGAGGCACAAACACAUCGCCGGUAACCUACCCAAGAUGCUCAAGCUGCCAAGGGAGGAGAAAGCAGCCAAGACCCUUGGGGUGGUCGUGGGGUGCUUCGUUCUGUGUUGGCUCCCUUUUUUCCUGGUCUUACCAAUUGGAUCAAUGUUCCCAUCCUGGAAGCCUCCUGAGACGGAGUUCAAGAGAGCCUUCCACAACGUCCUCCACGGGCGCUGCCGGAGGAACUCACAAACCCAAGGACCUCACAGUCCAGGCCUGGGAUCAAGUAGCCUUCAUUUGUCGAGACCCAAUGUUGUUUCAUCAUGGCGUUGCUGCGGGAGGCUGCGCGGGUCCUCUGAAGGUGCUUCCGAUGAUUCGAGUUCAGCGAUCCGGAGCAAGAAGAGUCUUCUGAGGUCAUGGUGCUUCUCGACUCAUCAAAGUCCAGUCCCAGAGAACCCGUCCGCAAAGGUCUUGCAGCUUUCCCUUCAUGUUAAAGGGGAGCACCAAGCACAAGUUUGAAAACAAAAGCCGUUGAAAAUGAAAAUGUCUUUUUCUUUCUAUUUAUUUGCCUUGUCUGGAAAGUAGUGCUUGGAUUUAAAAAAAAUAUUUUUUUUCUUCUGCUGCAGGCUAGAGAAGUGAUACCUGAGCAGGCUUAUCUGCCUAGUGCAGGAUGAUGAAGGAAUUCCUUCCAGGCAAAUAAUUUGUCAUUUUGAAGUUACCUGAGGGGAGAUCACAAGAAGCAGCGCUGUCGAUAUUCCAUUUUCACUCUCAUGUUUGAACUCUAUUGGCUCAACUUCUAACAUUUUCAAAAGUGUCUCCAAUAUGCUUUGUCAGUGUCAAAAGAAAUGUGACUGAGUUCGGAAUGGCUGGGUAGAAUAUAUUAUUGGACUUGUUGGCUUUAUUUUCCCCUUCUGCUCAUGUAAAUGGAAAUUUGUUGACUUGAAAUUUUGGUCACAUUUUUAGUGAUUCAAAUCUAUGCAUGCACUGGAGGCGGUUAAGUGAAAAUCGAAUGCACAAACCUUAAAAAUGAAUAAUUCACAGCAUAUUUGCCCAUUCCAUGUUUGGCAAAACGAUCCACUCGCAUAUGUUAUCGUCUUCAUGUGUGGGCAUGUCUUUUUUAAUUUUGCAUACUGAAUCUUAAUAACAAGCCUUACUAUGUAUUUUGUUCAUUUCAAACUGUCAAUGUAAAGUAUAACUUUAAUUUCAAAAAUUGUUGUGUAUAGUAAGACUCUUAAAAAUGACCAGGUAUACUAAAGUUUUUUUUUCAUGACCAUGUAAAGUAAGAAAAAAAAAAAUGUCAUUAUGUCCUGUCCAAUUGAUCAUCUCUGCAGAAAAUUCUGUUGAACUUCAAAUUAAGACUUUAAUUAAGGCGUUUUAUUCCUUGUUUUUAUUUUUUUGGGCAUGAAAACCAAAAUUUGACAUUUGGUUAACUGCUUUAUAUAAUAUGUGUAUGUAUAUGUGUUUUACGUUGUGUAAUAUGUGUUGGUGUCCCCCAAAUAAAGAGCAAGUAGUCAAAUACA